GUCCCUCAUAUUUGGUCUUUAAUUAAAGAGCGCCGCCCUCAGCGAAGGCGAAUCCUGCAAAUUGCCCAGUAUUUUAUCCCCGUAAUGGGUAAGAGUCGAAGCCGAUCACGAAACCAACAAAAGAUUCAUUUAACUUUGGACCCAUUUUAGUUAAAUAAUUGUCUUUUCAAUUUCUGCUGUUUUUGAGCGUUUGUAAUUUCUAUCCAAAAGGGAAAUGGCAGUCUCAUCCAUAGCCAAUCUCUUCUCCUUGUUCACACCGUCCAAACCACCACCAACCCCCAAAAUUCCCUGUUUUUCCCCUUUACAAGUAUCAUCUUCAACUUCCGUAGUUUACCCAUCACUUGCUAACGCAAACACCCUUUUCUUCAGAUCAGCUUACAAUGUUCAAGUCAUUGUGGAUGAUAAUGAGCACGAAGAGAGGCUUAUCGGACGCUUUCGGAGGGAAGUGAUGAGAGCUGGAGUAAUACAGGAAUGCAAGCGUAGGAGAUAUUUCGAGAACUCCCAAGAUGAGAAGAAACGCAGGACACGUGAUGCUGCUAAACGCAACCACGUGGCCCACCACCAUCAAGAAAUUUUGGACAGGAUAAGCAAGAGACAACCAAGAGCAAGAGGGACGAUGAUGAUGAAGAUAACUGGGAACUUCCUGAUGGAGGUAUCCCCAAUUGAAAUUAAUUUUCAGAUCUUUUUUCGUUUUGGCUCUUGGUAGGUUGUGGCUCAUUUUCAAUCCUGGAGGGGCUUUCUAACCAUGUAAUAUCCUGUGGGAAUUAUUUCCUUCACCUAUUUCUUUUUUCGCAAUUUUCUAAUGGAAACAUGACUGUUAAUCCUUGCUUCAAAGUGUUAGAUUGGUCGACUGCCUUGCUAUUUCA